AUGAGAAAUUGUCAACUUGAUGUCGUUGAAAAGCUGAUCAAGAAAAAAGCCAACGUCAAUUUUAAAGACGCAAAUGGACAGACACCACUUCAUCUUGCGUUAGAGCAUGGUCACAAGGAUGUCGCUGAAAAAUUGAUCAGGGGCGGAGCCAAUGUUAAUUUGAAAGACAACAAUAAUCAGACACCUGCUGAAACUGCUGCUAAGAGUAAUGGUUACAUCAAUAUGGCUGGAGGCAUGCUGAAGGGGGGUGCAACCACAGCUUAUAACAUUUUUGCGCCGCCUCAGGUUAAAGGUGCAGUUGCUGUAACGAAAGGUUUAUAUGAUGCGUAUAAUAACAAUGCAACCAUUGUUGAAGCUGUUAGGUCCUCCGCCAUGGCAGGGUAA